AUGACGCCCACAAAGACUACAACAACUGAAGUAGAAAUGGUGAUUCGGAAUAGAAAAACUGUUAUGAAAGACGGGAUAAUGACAAUGUCGGGUAUCGGAGAGCCUUCAGUCUUCCACGCAUUGGUGGUUAUUUUCUUGGAGUUUUUUGCAUGGGGCCUGCUCACCAUGCCGAUAAUAUCCGUGUUAAACGCUACUUUUCCCGAUCACACGUUUCUGAUGAAUGGUCUCAUAAUGGGCAUCAAAGGAAUUUUAUCGUUCCUAUCAGCACCACUAAUUGGAGCUCUAUCUGACGUGUGGGGGAGAAAAUUCUUCCUACUAGUGACAGUAUUCUUCACGUGCGCGCCGAUUCCGCUAAUGACCUUCAACACCUGGUGGUUCUUCGCGAUGAUAAGCAUCAGUGGUGUGUUUGCUGUGACCUUCUCGAUCGUGUUCGCGUACGUGGCUGAUGUAACAACGGAGGCUGAGAGGUCGCGCGCUUAUGGCUUGGUGUCUGCGACCUUCGCCGCUAGUAUGGUGAUAUCGCCCGCCUUAGGCGCUUAUCUUAUGGAUCUGUACGGCGAGGCACUGGUCGUCGCUGCCGCAACCGCUGUGGCGGUCCUGGACGUUUUCUUCAUUAUGGUCGCUGUUCCUGAAAGUCUUCCGGAGAAGGUCAGGCCGAGCGGCUGGGGCCCGGCCAUAAGCUGGGAGCAAGCGGACCCCUUUGCUGCUCUAAGGAAAGUCGGUGCCGACCGCACGGUGCUCAUGUUGUGUGUGGCAGUGUUUCUGUCGUAUUUGCCCGAAGCUGGACAAUACUCGUGCAUUUUCGUGUACUUGAAGUUAGUGAUGGGCUUUGGUGUGGUGCAAGUGGCGAUAUUCAUCGCGAUCGUCGGCGUCCUCAGUAUCGCCGUGCAAGUCGUUCUUGGCUUCCUCAUGCGAUCUCUCGGUGCAAAGCACACUAUCAUGCUUGGACUGCUAUUUGAGAUGAUGCAACUCAUGUGGUACGGCUUCGGCAGCCGUACAUGGAUGAUGUGGGCUGCAGGUGUGUUAGCGGCCCUCGGCUCCCUUACAUACCCAGCAAUCAGUGCGUAUGUGUCAGUGAAUAGCAGAGCAGACCGGCAAGGUGUUGUCCAAGGAAUGGUGACUGGUGUCCGAGGCCUCUGCAAUGGACUAGGUCCAGCUAUGUUUGGCGUCAUCUUUUAUUUAUUCCAUGUUGACUUAAACGAAGAACAUGCAGUGCCUGGCAUUAAUCCAAGGCCAGACGAAGAGAAAUACGUUAGAAUGAUCCCUGGACCUCCUUUUGUGCUUGGUGCUCUAUUGGUUAUCUGUGCUCUGCUCGUGGCUGCAUUCUUGCCUGAAGACGGAACCGUUGGACAAAGGCGAUCUUCACCAGAUUUGCGAUUCGAGGUCGAGCGUGGACGACGCGUGGCCGGUCCCCUGUCCCCGUUAAUGGCUCCAGAGUCCGCGGCCCUCUAGCUAGCGGUGAAGGCCGGCCGAGCGGCCAGCGUAUAAUUGUCAGGCUGUGUACGCCGUGAGGCGUCGAGGAGAUUGCAUUUAUGAAGGUACCAAAGCGAACUCAGUGAACAAAGUGAGUCCACAAUUUUAUGAUUGCACAUCGUCUACAUUCCUGCAUUUCAUCUGUUGAUUAUUUCUUUACCUGAUAAUGAAUACUUGUUCAUGUUUUUUAAAACUUUAAACUUAUUUUUGUAUCUUCACUGGCUCUAGUGGUCAUGUACAUAUUAUAUAUAAAAUAAAAUCAUAAGACGUUUUACGUUUUCUGUUUCAUAUUUCGAGCUGAACAUCACACAAUUAUUUUAAAAGCUUAACAACAAUGGCUGUUACCGUACUAUUUAUAAAUAGGACAAAACGAUAAAGAUAAUUGCACUUAUGAGGACAACUGCAUGUUUAGCUAAUCAUAAAUUGCUUAAACACGGGUCAUUAAAUGAAGCUGAGUUAAAAAAA